AUGGCAACACUUGCGGACGUCGGGCUGGUGGCCUUGCGCCGCCAGGUACACGCCGAAUACGCCUCCCCAGCUCCCCUUGAGAGAUUCGAGCGCCUACCCGACGAGGUGGAGAAGGGCAACGUCGAGUAUAAGCAGCAACUGCUGGAGCCGUCACCCGACCGUCUACGCCAACUGACAACACAGAUGCAUUGGCGUCUUAACGAAGGCAGAGGUACCGCCUUCUACGAGGUUGGUGUAAAGGAAAAUGGAGAGGUACUAGGCCUCGCAGAGGACGUCAUGCUGCGCUCCCUGGGGACACUAGCGCGCAUGUGCCGUGUGGUUAAUGCAGAGAUGUCGCUGUCAAGAUUCCGUGCGGGACGUGAUGCUAGCCACAAGGCAGUCAGGAUCCAGGUCACGAGGGUGCUGCAACACAACGCCACUAAGAGACUUCGAGUAUCUUUGAUCGGAGAUUUUGAGAGCGGCAAGUCAACGCUGGUGGGGGUACUGACACGCGGAUGUCUGGACGACGGAGCUGGUCUAGCCAGGAUGCAGGUGUGUCGCCAUCGUCACGAGCUUGAAAAUGGGUGCACUUCUAGUGUCAGCGAGCACACGAUCGCUGUGGCUGCAGAUGGACACUUCCGUUGUACUGAGCUCCCCACUUGCAACUUUGGCGACAAUGACGAAGAUACAGAGACGGAAAAGCCCAGAAAACAACAGGAAAGCUUUAUCACUCUAAGUGACCUAGCAGGACACAAGAAAUACCUGAAGAGUACAGCGUCAGGACUGGCAGGACAGUUCCCAGACUAUGCCAUGCUUGUGGUCGACGCUGUCCGUGGCGUCCGAGACAUGACACGUGAACAUCUCAAAAUCGCUACUGCACUUAAUGUAGCCAUCUUCGUGGUAGUAACCAAGACGGAUCUCGUGACGGACGAGCGGAUACAGCAGUGUCUCGUCGAGGUCGCAGACCUCCUGAAGGCUACAGUACCGGUUUUCCAGAUCUCGAACGUAGACGGCAUUGGUCUGGACGUGUUGCAAGCGUAUCUGGCCAUGCUGGAGCCGGAGCGCUUGUGGGCUACUAAAGCCAAGACGCCAGCGGAGUUCCAGGUUACUCAAGCGUACGAUAUUGAAGAUGCAGGCACCACUGUGACUGGACUUGUCCAUGCUGGCACGCUGUGCGUGGGGGAGCAGAUGCUGCUCGGACCUGAUGCUGAUGGUCAGUUUUGCGAGGUAGCAGUCGAGAGCAUUGAAGUGCAACACAAGGCAGCACAAAGUCUAAGCGCUGGUGAGACUGGAGCUGUGCUGAUUCGCUUUCUGGCCACUGCUCCGCCUCUCUAUCGUCUCAGAAAAGGCACCAUGCUCGUACAUCCGAGUGUUCGACCGAUGGCUACACGUCAAUUUGACGCCGAGUUGCACUUUUUACCGGAUGCACGCGCGUUUCGCGAGAACUUCGAGGCCGUAAUUCAUACAGGUCAAGUACGACAAAUGGCCAAGAUCGUGCGACUGACUAGCUCCAGUCCAACCAAACUGCAGCCUGCUACUACAAUGUGCCGCUUCGAGUUCAUGUACUGGCCGGAAUAUAUCCGUCCAGACUUGCCACUAGUACUACGUGAAGGGAAAACGCAAGCUGUGGGUCGGGUAGUGCGCGCUGUGCCUAUUUUCCACAAGGAACAGCAAGUAACUCGAGUGCCAUCCUGCUAA